UAUAAUUUGUUAUAGUUUUUUUUUUUUUUUUUGUGUCUCUGUACCGAUCGAUUUGUUACUAAAGCCUCGCGCUGGGGGUAUAUUGUGCGCGCAGCAAACAUGUUCAUACAGGACUUGAAGAAUGACUUUUAUAGACAACUGAUAGGCAAGCGUAUUUUGAUUAUUGUCAACUAUGACGUCGACGCGAUCUGCGCCAGCAAAAUCCUGCAGUCGCUCUUCAAAUAUGAUCACAUGCUCUACACUGUGGUGCCCAUAAUGGGCGUGACGGGAUUGAAGCGCGCCUACUCGGAGCACCAGAGCGACGUUAAGUAUGUGCUGCUGAUCAAUUGCGGCGGAUGUGUAGACAUUGUGGAGCUGCUGCAGCCAGCGGAGGAUGUCACCUUCUACAUCUGCGACUCUCAUCGACCGCUGGACGUUUGCAAUGUCUACAGCGAUCGACAGGUAUGCAUUCUGGGUGAUCCAGCUCUGGAGGAAAACAUACCAGGAUUUGACAGCAUAUUCUACGAUUCGGACGGUGAGGAUGACGACGAGGACGACGACGAUGAGGAUGAGGAUGCGAAUGGUGAUAGCGGCGCAGGCGAAUCUGAUGACGGCAAUGGCGACGGCGAUAGCUCCGAGAGGGUACGCGCUCCCAAGCUCAGCCGAAUGCAGAAACAUGAGCAACGCAUUCUGCGCCAGAGAGCCAGACGUCAAUGGGAAUCGGAGCGGGAUCGCAUCAUGUUCGACUACACACAAUUCAGCUAUUAUGGCCGAUCGACGGCGCUGUACAUUUUUGAGCUGGCCUGGAAGCUGUCCAAGGACAACAUGGAUCUGCUCUGGUGGGCAAUAGUCGGCAUCACUGAGCAGCUGCUGCUGGGCAAGAUCGAGAGCGCCGCCUACACACUCGAGCUGGAGAACAUACAGUCGCACGUGUCGCGCCUCACCAACAAGACGAACGAUCAGAACACAAUGAGUGCAUCGAAAAUCAGCUUCGAGAACGACUUACAUCUGGUGCUCUACAGACACUGGACGGUAACCGAGUCCAUGCGCUACUCUCGCUAUUCCGCCUGUAAGCUCAAGCUGUGGACCCUGAGGGGUGAGAAGCGUCUCCAUGAGCUGCUGGUCGAGAUGGGCCUACCGCUGGUGCAUGCGCGACAAACGUACAGCGCCAUGGACUUGAUUUUGCGCAAAGAGUUCUACUCCAUGGUGGAGCAGCUGGCCGAAAAAUAUGGCAUACCCGACAUCGUCUAUGGCACCUUUACGCUCAGCUAUGGCUAUCGUAGUCGGUAUGCAGCGGCCGACUAUGUCUACGCGCUGCUGGCCAUUCUGCAGUCGGUGAAGAAGCAUAAGACGCCAGAGGAUUGCUUUAUGGAGGCAUCCGAUGCACUGUCGCGCCAGCACAAACAGCUGCUCAACGUGGGCAUCGACAAUGCCAAGCUGCUGCAUGCUGCCAUCUUCCGGCAGGUGCAGAGCUGCCUGGAGGCGCAUCAGGUACACUCGACUGGCUCCUUCUUUUACUAUGUGCUGCAGGAGGAGCAUGCGUUCUUCUCGUAUCCAUAUGCACUGGCGCUGCUGGCCAAAUUCGUGCUGCAUGGCCAUGUGGCCACGACGAGAGUGCGUCAAGCUCCGGAUCUGCCACUGAUUGCCACCUGUCCACUGGAUGCGUCGCAGGGCAUGUGCCUGCUGGUGGGCAUUGCGCCGGUGCGCGAGGAUUCCCCAAAGAACUUCUUCGGCAAGGCUUUCGAUCAGGCGGCACAGAAGAGCAAGACGAACCUACUCCAAGAUUUCUUUGAACCGUCCAUUGUGCAACUGCGCCAGAGCGACUUGACCCGAUUUCUAGAUGCGUUGACCGUGCUUCUGACCUAGGCACAAAUGCGCCACCCCACAAAUAUAGCCUAGUUUAGCCCCUAAGACAGUAUAUCCAUCUAACGUAACCCCAGACCAGAACUAAUUUAAGAUAAUCU